GUACCGGUUCAGGUGGAUACAGGAACAUCAGGUGAUAUUCAAAAGCCUCUACCCGCAUCCAGACUUAGCGCCGCAACUUGUCAAGCCUCGGCUUGCGACGAGAUGGUGGGAGCUGUCGGCAUCUCGUUCCUCGUUGUUGAUCUCCAGACCGACUUGUCUAGGCCGACAUUGAAAUUGUUCUGCGUCUCAAUAUUCAAGUUACUUGGAUAUAGGCCCAGGUACUCGAGUCCUACCUUUCUCUUAUUCAAAUCAGUUGCAAUUCGACCAUCCGAAACAUGUCCGAAGCAUGAUCGGAUCCAUAACCUGAGCUCUUCUACGCGUACAUCGCCCAUCAACGCGACAGUGACCGGUGACCUCUAGCAAAUACAGCCAUGCCGGAGCGAAUACCAUUGUCACAUAGUCGGAAGCGGAAAAGGAGACGCCAGGAUAAAUCUGCGAUAUCUGCCCGACUGGUGUUAGAUGACCAUGUGAAAGGGGAUGUUGGAAUCCUGUCCGAGGAUCUAUUCGCAGAUUUAUUCCCUGCUCUAGCUCUGGCACUAGAGAAUGGUAAUGGCGCAACUAAUGCCCCCGAAUUCCAUCAUGUCGCCAUCUCUCCAUGGGCCCCGUCAACGUUCGUUGAAGACUCCACCUGGACAGUAGUUCCUGUUAGACCUUCGAGCGCGCUUGCACAUUCAACCGUACAAUUCUCGCCUGCGUCUUUAGCCUUACAAAGCUUCGCAGAAGCUCUCCAGAAAAUUGCCCCCUCCAAGCUAUCAAGUCAUAGUCGGAGUGGGAUUGAAAUCAGGAUCCUCGAUGUGAUACCGCUUCCACUGGAUACGGUCUUUGUGACCAUCGAGGCAGAUUUAGCAAGAAGAUUGGAAAAUGGCGAAGGGACAUUUCACGGAGAGCAUACACGGGUAAAUGGGCUGCCAAACGGGAAGGCGAUUGCAAAGAUACCUGAAGACCGCCUGACAGCAGCAAUACGAGAAUCAUUAGGUGCACUGAGAAUUGUUCAUACCGGCGAUUUCUUUUCCCUGCCUCUUCCACCACACCCAAUUACCCAUGUGCCCCCGCCACCCGCCAAAGUCACGCUCUCGGAACCUGUUGGACAAGGAAUUCUAUCUGCGCGGACGAGAAUUAUCAUCACACAAACUGGGCAUCAUGCCAAGAGCGUGCGGAAGUCUCAGCCGCUUCCAGUCAAUCGUGGUUUGAAUGGAGUCAUGGAAGAUGAUGAAGACACUUCAAAUGACCAAUUUUAUUCCGCAGCCGAGGACCGGUACAAGACUGAUACAGCUGUAGAGGAUGGAACAGAAACGGAAACAGAGACCGAGCUUUCAGAAGUGGACAAUGAUGAUCUCUCUGAUGACUCCAUGGAUGAUCUGAUCUCCCUACAGGCACCCUCACUUCCGGCUCACAAUGCAAGUGGCAUAUCAACUAUGCAAGCAGGCACUCCGAUGACCCUUGGCCGCGGCCGAAAGACCGAUGGAAUCAGUACUCCUGGUUCAGUAUUUUCUUCAUUUACUGCAACCACGGCAAGGGCUGGUGGCCAACGGGGACGGCUGUUCAAAGCCCAGGGACUUGUGAAGCCUCUCCAGGAAGAGACACUCCAUCCGAAGCCGAGCAGCGAGGACGAUGAGGAGGCCAGGAUAUACGUCGACAUCAAUUCUUUGACGAAGAUUGGCUGUUUUUCAGGAGAUUGGGUACGACUAGAAGCUGCACCCGAGCCUCCGCAGCAAGGCACCGGCCUGUGGGGCCUAGGGAGUUUCGGCGCUCCCGAGCAAGAGGAUUCUAUCUGGCGACCAGUGAAGGUUUUUGGCCUGCCAGAAAGUUACUCCCAUCGGCCAAUAACGAAGAUAUCUACAAGCAAGCAGGACGGAAGACGUUUAUCCUUUUUUGAAUCCCAAGUUCAAAAGCCAUCUAGCCCUACUGUUUAUCUUUCUCCUAUCCUUCUAGCCAACAUGGAGAACACGCCAUAUUGCAGGCUUUCUCCCUUGAAACGGACGCCGCUACCCAUGAGAGCCCCACUACCCAAGAUUACUGGUGCAUCUCGACCUCCUUUUGCACGAGAGCUCACUCUUCUGAAGAUCAGCACACCGUUCUCAACGGAACGGACUUUGCAAAACGCAUUCUUCUCCGGUCUGAAGCGCCAUUUCACCAGUCGCACUCGAAUCGUCCAGAAAGGCGAUCUCUUGGCUAUUCCAAUCGAUGAAGAUCUUGGCCGUACCUUGUAUCAGCCAGCAGCGAACGACGAUUUAGAGAUCGAUGAUCUGUUAUCGAACACCGUCCUAGAUAAUUCUCGACCCGCCAAACCAGCCAAGGCAACAGGCGUUGCAUGGUUUAGAGUCGGUUAUAUUGGUGCUGCGAAGGAUAACCCCGAACAGGGUGAAGAGGAGAAUCUUUGGGGUGGAGUUGCAUCGAUAGAUGUGUCUUCAACACACAUGAUGCAAUCUGGGAGCGAGAAUAGUCGAUUGCCAGCGACGAUGGAGAACUCUUGGGAGUACUAUCUGGGGCUCAAGUCCAUAUCAAAGUCGGACACAGAAUUAACUUCCAUGCCAGAACCGGUAAGGCAUCACAUCCCAGCCCUUCAACGCCGAUUGAGAGAGUUGAUUGCAGCCGCCACGAGUCCUCGUGCCAUCCAUUUAAAACUACAACCACUGGCGAUCCUUUUGGUUUCUACUCAAAGGAAUAUUGGCAAAACUACAAUGUCAAAGCGUGCAUGUUCUGACAUUGGGCUACACACCUUUACAGUCGACGCAUACGACAUUGUUAGUGAGGGUAGCGCUGGCAGCGAUGUUAAAUCAGCUGGAAUUCUAGAAGCACGUGCUGAACGAGCAAUGACCUGUGGCCCGGAAUAUUGCGCGCUAUUGAUCAGACAUAUUGAAGCUUUGACAGCAGACAGAAUGAUCGCCGCCCUCAAAGAAAUAUUGGCUGGAUCAAGAGUCCUCAUAGCGACUACUACUGAGGUUGACAAAGUCCCAGAUGGCGUUAGAGCUCUCUUCACCCAUGAGCUAGAGAUGACUGCACCUGACGAAUGGGAAAGAGAAGGCAUUUUGAGGAGCAUCAUAGAUGACCAGCCAGUCGCUCUCGCUCCUGAUGUCGAACUCAGUGGAGUUGCAGUCAAGACUGCCGCACUUGUCGCGGGCGAUCUCGUUGAUGUUGUUGACAGAGCUCUCGCAGCUCGAAACUCACGAAUUGAAGCGCUGGCUUCUAUGUCUUCUGAUUCAGAAAAUGCUGUUACAGUUCGUGAUGUUCUGGUUGCUGGUGGUCCCGCUGGUAGGUGUCUCACGAAAGCCGACUUCGAGCUUGCAGUUGAAGCAGCUCGCAAGAAUUUUGCGGAUGCCAUCGGUGCUCCGAAGAUUCCCAACGUCAGUUGGAACGAUGUUGGAGGUCUUACGAACGUCAAGGAUGCUGUCAUGGAGACUAUUCAGCUGCCCCUCGAACGCCCGGAACUGUUUGCAAAGGGCAUGAAGAAACGAUCUGGUAUCUUGUUCUAUGGACCGCCUGGAACCGGCAAGACUUUGCUUGCAAAGGCUAUUGCCACAGAGUUUAGUCUCAACUUCUUCAGCGUCAAAGGCCCAGAACUGCUGAAUAUGUACAUUGGUGAGUCUGAAGCCAAUGUACGUCGCGUUUUCCAGCGUGCCAGAGAUGCACGUCCUUGCGUCGUCUUCUUCGAUGAACUCGAUUCAGUAGCACCCAAAAGAGGAAACCAGGGCGAUAGCGGUGGAGUUAUGGAUCGAAUUGUCUCUCAAUUAUUGGCUGAGCUUGACGGCAUGUCUGAUGGUAAGGAUGGUGGUGGAGGUGUCUUUGUAAUUGGUGCCACCAACAGGCCAGAUCUGCUUGAUGCUGCUUUACUGCGUCCGGGCCGAUUUGACAAGAUGCUUUAUCUGGGAGUCAGCGAUACCCAUGAAAAGCAGCUGACCAUUAUGGAGGCAUUGACAAGAAAAUUCACACUCCAUCCCACCCUCUCACUACCACGUAUUGCCUCUCGCCUCCCAUUCACAUACACGGGAGCCGAUUUCUAUGCGCUUUGCUCCGAUGCCAUGCUCAAAGCCGUCACUCGCCAAGCUUCCCUGGUUGAUUCUAAAAUUGCCCAGAUCAACAAUACUAACAUUGCAUCGGGGAGAUCCAAGAUUUCCACAGCGUACUUCUUUGAUCACUUCGCUAGCAAAGAAGACGUAGCGGUCAUGGUCACGGAAGAAGAUUUCAUCAAUGCUGAAAAGGAACUGGUACCUAGUGUUAGUGCAAAGGAAUUAGAACAUUAUGGUAUGGUGCGGGCGCAAUUCGAGAAGGUCGAAGAUAAGGACAAGGAGAAGAGCAAUGGCCGUGUUGAUAAAGGCAAGGGAAAAGUCAUUGAUGGAAUUCCAGACUGGCAGAAGAGCAACGGGGCAGGAGGAGGAGACCAUUCACAUCGGCCACGUAGUAACGGGAGAGGCAAAAGCAAAGAGAAAGUUGCUGAUAGGAAAGGAAAGGGGAAAGAGAAAGCUAUGGGCAGCUGGGAUGGCAGUGAGGGAGACGAGGAUCAGGAAGUCCUCGAUGAGAGGACCAAUGGGUUUGUUGGGAUGGGCAAGGGCAAGGGCAAGGGCAAGGCGAUCGACAUGGGAUUCCAAGACGGAGAGGAUGAAGAUGAGGGCUUGUACUGAUUGACUGAUACUUCGGCACUAUUUGGACGAAUAGUCAGGUAAAUGUGGCAUAUCGUUGCGAAAAGCUCUGUGGCCUUCCUUUAAGAACCAUGCUCUCUCGUCCCUGCCGGUUCGGUUUGAAUAAACGGCACCUGACCAAGUGGUUUCUUAAAAGUCUCACACAACAUCAAGAGUGGCUCAGAACCGUGCCCGAUACGGACAAUAUUUCAGCAAGGCAAGUUUGUGUCGCCUCUCGAGAUUACCAUUCCAGAUCAUAUGGGUGCAUCUUUAGGUCCACAUAGUGUGUUUCGUCCCUUGAAGUACAAAAUAUCCCUGGGACAUAUAUCCUACUGUCGUGGAACGUCCACAAUUAUCAUUGAUGUCCUCGAAAUGAAUCCGUAAUUCUCUGAAUAGUGGUCGAUCAUGAAGACUACAGUGACGCUUUUGUGUCUUGCUGUGGCCGUCAGUGCCGUACCCGCUGCUAUUCACAUCGGCACGCUUUCCCAAGCUCAUCGACCCGCAUCAUCUUACCUUCUUCCCAGACAUCGAGAUCCCAGCAGACAGCGCCGCACCGAACUCCCUCUCCAGGAACGAUCCUUCCUACAUCCCCUUCUUCGGUCCCCAAUGCGUAGCCGGAGACGUCACUAACGAAUGUUAUCUUCAAUAUACGCAAGCUCUUUGUAUCCAUACUACCCUAUUAGACAACCAUAGAUAUUUCCACGUUAAUUCCACUUUUGACCAG